AUUCGGUUUUCGUCUUUCUUUUUAAGUUCAUCUACUCCACGAGUCGAAUUACUUCUUCAAGCUUAAGCUCCUCAAGCUAUGGCCACCACUCUCCUCUACCUCUCCCUCUUCCUCUUGGCCUUUUCCUCUGCCGAGUCGCAAUCCUUCAUCGGCGUGAAUUAUGGCCAGGUAGCCGACAACCUUCCGACGCCGGAGGCGACGGCGAAGCUACUCCAGACCACCACCAUUGGUAAAAUCCGGCUGUAUGGCGCCGAUGCUGCGAUCAUCAAAGCCCUUGCAAACUCUGGAAUCGGAAUCGUCAUCGGUGCCGCCAACGGUGACAUUCCGAGCCUAGCCUCCGAUCCUAACUCGGCGACUCAAUGGAUCAAGACCAACGUGCAGCCCUUCUACCCAUCCAGCAACAUCACUUUGAUCACCGUCGGUAACGAGGUCAUGACCUCCGGCGACCAGGGUUUGAUCUCGAAGCUCCUUCCGGCAAUGCAAAAUGUCCAAAACGCCCUCAACUCUGCCGGGCUCGGCGGCGACAAGAUCAAAGUAUCGACCGUGCAUUCGAUGGCGGUGUUGACCCAGUCGGAUCCACCGUCUUCCGGGGCGUUCGACCCGGCGCUCCGAGACACGUUGAAGCAGUUGCUGGCGUUUCAGAAGGAAAACAAAUCUCCCUUCGCGAUCAACCCGUACCCGUUUUUCGCAUAUCAGAGCGACCCGAGACCGGAAACGCUGGCGUUCUGCCUUUUCCAACCUAACUCGGGUCGGGUUGAUUCGGGUAAUGGAAAGCGUUACACCAGCAUGUUCGAUGCCCAGGUUGAUGCUGUUCAUUCCGCAUUGAGUAGUGUAGGAUUUGAUGACGUGGAGAUCAUGGUGGCGGAGACAGGUUGGCCGUCACACGGGGAUAGCAAUGAGGUGGGACCGAGUGUUGAGAAUGCAAAGGCCUAUAACGGCAACCUCAUUGCUCAUCUGAGAUCAUUAGUUGGGACCCCUUUGAUGCCUGGAAAAUCUGUGGACACUUUCAUUUUUGCACUCUAUGAUGAGGACUUGAAGCCUGGUCCUGCAUCAGAACGCUCCUUUGGCCUCUUCAAAACCGAUCUUACCAUGACUUAUGAUGUUGCCCUCACCAAGACCAGCCAGCAGACUCCAACUAAUCCCAAGACUCCGGUUAUGCCAGCGCCUACAAGUGCGCCCGGAUGGUGUGUGGCGAAAACCGGCGUGUCUGAUACUCAGUUGCAGGCGAACUUGGACUAUGCUUGCAGCCACGGGAUAGACUGUGGACCAAUUCAACCGGGAGGGGCUUGUUUUGAACCAAACACAGUAGCCUCUCAUGCUGCUUAUGCCAUGAAUCUGUAUUACCAAACACAAGGCAAAAAUCCUUGGAACUGUGAUUUCUCUCAGACAGCAACGCUCACAUCCCAAAAUCCAAGUUACAAUGCUUGCACUUACCCUGGUGGGAGUACUUGAAAACACAAGCUUUUUGAUGUUGUUGAUGAGUGAUUGCGUUUUGAUUUGACUUAAUGAAUAAGGGACUGUAUUUUGCCCUCUUCUAUUUAUAUAUAUUGUUUAAUAUCAGCCAAUUGUAAAAGAGUUCCAAUUCCCAACUUGGCUUGUCCAUUAUAUAUUGAAUGUAAUUAUGUUGGGGCGUAGAAAAAGUGAUGCGAGGGCCCUUUUUGUCCUAACUGAAAAAUCCCGAGUUCAAUAAAACAAAGCAUUCAGAAAAAUUG